GCCGCAUUCACUUACAUAAAACUUGUUCCUUCGCUCCUAGCUAGAGACAGCAACCCGUCAUGACCAACAGGGAUUUCAGAUACCCUUCACCUGCCGACUCGCACGAAUACGUGUAUGAUUUUUCAGACCAUAUUCGCCGUAAAAACGGCGAACUAAAUGAAAGCCUUGAAGCUGGACAUCGGAUACGUCUUCCCAUACCAGAUAUCCGGUUCGAACAGACAUACCUUAGCCGCGUGCAGACGUGCCUUCAUGUGCAAGAAAUAGCGGGAAGAGGAGGCGGUGUUGACUCUCCAUUAUCCACUGACGACCCAUACACCGCCGCUACACACGUUUCACCAGUCAUCACUUCAUCACAACAAAUUACGCGAGUCGACUGGGGAAAACUAGCUUGGAUCACGGUUCGUGAUCAGGUAAUUAUGCCGUUGUUGCAGGGGAUGAUUUGGGGCAUCGUCGGACAAUACUACCGCCCUUUUGUUGGCGUUAUGAAGAACAGUCUUCGUAGUAAACCCGAUCUACCCCUUGCAGUGGAAGGCGAAGGCGUGGGAUUGUUAAGGAGCUGGGCAAAGAAAUUGGGUCUCGGCCAACUCACAGUUGGACCUAUUAGCACGACAUCAAGGUUGUAGUUCUUGUCCAUUGGGCAAAUCAUGAUCAUGACUGGUUGACCUCCCAUCAAUCAUCGAUGUUUGUAUACUGUGCGUGUCCGAAUAUGCCAACGUAUUACACCACCUACAUAUGAUUCACAAUCUGAUGCAAAAAAAUGUUUGCAUACUGACCAGACUUUUAGUUCCUCGGUGUCCAGUACUGAUGGUGUUAGAGCGUAGCUCGACCUCGUUCGUGGUAUCAAUUGAUCCGAUCACCUUCCUAAGUCGAGGGAACCACGAACCACGUCCGCGGGGAGGUUUCCAGUGCCAUCAAUAUCAGUGUGAUCCGAGUACACGACUCCAAUUUGGGCACCAGCGAGGCACGACGUUCAGGAUAAAGG